GUAGAAUUAUGCGUUUCGAAUUUCGUUAGACGCCAUUUUGAUUGUCGGUGUGUGAUACGAUUUAUAAGUGCAAAAUGUUAUUAAAUCUCUAACAAAGAUUUUUUUUAUGAUUUUCAUGAAAUUGUAUCAUCCGUAAUAUAAGAGAAGAAUUUUACUAUGGAGACAACCCUGGAUGCGUCCUUAGUGGCGCAAUCCAUUAAUUAUCAUGGACAACAAUUACAAAAAACGUGGGAGGGCGAGAGAGGCGAGGAAGACUUAGCAAAGAUCGGCGUAGGUCCCCUAGAUUUUGCUGUAUACCAGUCUAGGCAUAAGCAUUUAACUUUCCAAGACCGUGGGAAGAGACUCAAGCUACACCAGUUCAUUGCAAAAGAAGCUAAUGCGUUGUUUGAUGCGUCGCUGUUGGAAGAAACUCCAUCAUCCUCUAGUUUAGGAGCUGAUGCUACUACGCCAGAAGAUAAUUUAUAUGCACUGAUGCCACCAUUUGAAACAUUUUUAAAUGUUGAUAAAUCUGCCAGAUUGAGACAUUUUUUUGAUAAUGUGAAGACAGGAGAGCUUAUCAUAGGUGCCGUGAUCAACAGAACAGCUUCAGGAAUGAUGUUGAAGGUUUUAUGUACGGCAGGGCCUACAUCUCGAUAUGUUGCUGAUAUAAAUGUUAAGGCUUUCUUACCGGUGGCUAAUAUCAUACCAGCAGUGGAUAAGAAAAAUGUGUCAAGAAACUACCUCAUGAAUGACACUGUCUGCUGUGAAGUUAUUGAAGUUAUUCCGGACACUGACAAAAUGGUGUGCGGCAUGAAAGGUGUCACUCGGGGACCGGACGACCCCCCACCUAAGCCUCCUCUGGGACUCCUCAGCACCGAUGACUUUCCUCUCAUAUACAAGAAAACAAUGGAAAUGAAGGGAGAAAGCUAUGAAGCUAUUUUGGAGAAGAGCCCUGGCUUCAAUAAUCCUAACUGCGUCCAAUACCUGUCUGAACUUCUUGGAAUCUCCAAUAUGCACUGCACCAAUUUUGCAUCUUUAAGGGGAGGAUUCUCAAUCACUGAUUAUGCUGAUGAACUUCGUCAGGCUCAAGCAAGUAAAUGGGCAUUUAGGUCUGUUGCUGAAGGGAUUGAGCAUUUUAAGGCAGGGAGACACUCGGAAGCAUUCCAAUGUCUCAAUAAAGCUUUGAGUAUAGAUCCAAGAAAUGUAGAAGGUCUUGUGGCAAGAGGAGCACUAUAUGCAAACAGUGGAACAUUCAAAAAAGCAAUAGAAGACUUUGAAACAUCUUUAAAGCUUAAUCCCAACCAUGCUAACGCCCGUAAAUAUUUGGGUGAGACUCUGGUAGCUUUAGGGCGCAGCUAUGAAGAUGAGAAUAAAAUAGCAGAGGCACAAAAAGCUUACGAGGAUUGCUUAGCUAUAAUACCAUUCCAUGAAGAAGCUCAAAAUUCGUUAGAUUUUCUUAAGAGUAAGACAUCUGCAACUAAGCCAUUAAUUGAGCCAGCUGAGUUACUAUUGCCUGGAUUGACAGGAGCAAAGUCGUUUGAAAUGAAAGAGACUUUAAAGCAGUUGUUAAAUUUGACAGAGAAGAAGGAUAAAAAGAAGAAAAAGAAGAGAGGAAAAGGAAAAAAGAAGAGAUCUAGUAGCUCUUCAUCAUCUUCUAGUGAUUCAUCAAGCUCUAGUUCGUCAUCAGAAUCUUCAUCGUCAUCUUCUGAUUCUAGUGAAUCAGAAGAGCCGAAUCGCAAAAAGAAACGUCGCUCGCAGUCAACGAAGGCCCGUCAGCGCUCCCUGUCGCCGCUCAGCAAGCGCAUGGCCGUGCUGGGCGAGUCGGACGCGCGCACGCACAACUCGCAGUUCAACCACCCCUACGGCUACCAGCCGCCGCCGCCCGAGGAGCACGCGCACGCGCAGCACCCGCCUGUGCGCUCGCAGGCAGACAUCGACUACGAGCUCAAGGUGCGGAAGUUCCUUGAUAUGACAAAAGAAGAUUCCGACUAUGAAGAAAAAGUAAGAAACUUUUUAGAAGAAACAGCUCAAUACAAACGCAAUCGAAAGAUGCAGGAAUUAGGUCAGCAGACGCAACCUGGCGCGGCUGAUCACGAUAAAAAGAAGAAGAAAAAGAAAGACAAGAAAAAGAAAAAAGAGUCGAAACGGAAGCGCAAAGAACAAGAGAGAGAAGAAAAAAGAAAAGCAAAACUAGCACGAAUGUCAAACAAUGCAGAUUAUAAUCUCCGUGACUUGGAGAAUAUUGGUGACAAAAAACUAAGAGAUGCUAUAAGGAAAGAGUUGAAAGGAAAAUCCAAGAGAGAUUUAAGUUCUGAAGGAGAGUAUGAACGAAAACACAGUGAGAAGAGCCGAAUAUUAGAUGAUAUGGAUGGUUUGAAAGAGCUGGAAUCAAAACUUAGCGCGUAUCACGUGAUGGUAGAAAAGGAAGUACUUGGAAAGAGAGACGGUCGCAAUUCAGUCAGUCCCAUCGACCAGGUGCCUCCACCGCCGCUUGAAAAACCUAAGUGGAAAAUGUCUAUGAACGCUGUUAAAGAGCCGGGUGUUAAGAAAAAAGACACACCUGUACAAAAAGGAUAUAAGGAGCGCUAUGCUUUUGAAGACAGUUCUGAUGAUUCACAAGACCAUCAUAAGCCAUCCCCAUCGAGCGGCGACAAGAACGUGUCGGUGCGGCGCGCGAUGGCGAUGAAGGAGCCGCCGCCGCUGCCGUCCGCACCACCGCCGAAGGGCCGCGAGCCCGACCCACCCGGCACCGAGCCGCACCCACCGCACCCGUCACACCCGCAGCACCAAUCGCACUCGCAGCAUCCGCACCCGCCGGUUCGCAAGGGCAACAUAGUCCUGGACAAGUUCGGUUCGUUCCGUAUCGCGCAAGAGGGUGAAACCCCGGUCUCGGUCGGUGACGGGCGACCCGAGCAGUUUGUCACUCGCAUCAAGCCGCCCACGCCGUCCGGACGCAGACCUCGCUCUCCGCCGUCUCCUCGUCGACACUCGUCUAACUCGUCCGACGAAGACCGACGUUCGCCUAAACGAUCUAGAAGCAGGUCUCGUCCGCGCAAGUACCGCUCCCGCUCGGGCUCGCGGUCGCGGUCCGGCUCCAGCGCCAGCGGCUCGGUGGCGUCGCGCCGCCGCCGCUCCGCCUCGCCUCGCUCUCGUUCACGCUCGGACGCCAGUCGUUCUUACUACUCUCGGAGCCGUUCUCGUUCCCGCUCGGGCUCCAGGGACAGAUUCCGUCGCAUCAACCGUCGAGGCAACUGGCGCGGUCGGGGCGGUUUCGAGCGCGGUACAUACUAUCGUCCGCGCUUCCACACUUACAACGGAGGCGGCAACCGCGGGAGGGGUAGAGGGGGUGACUUCCGGAGGGAUGACGGGCGCCGGUUCCAGCCGGAGUGGAGAGACAACCGCUCCCGAGGCGGAAGGCCCUUCCGACCCAGGAGGGGAGGAGGGGGGCGCGGGAGACCAUUCAGAGGUGGUUUCCGUGAUUUUCGUGACAGACGCGGUGGAAGAUAUUCUCGUUCCCGAAGCCCCGAUAGGACUCGUAGAUCUAGAUCGUACAGUCCCGAAAGACGUGAUAAGGAAAGAGACAGCCACCGUAGCGAAGGCGAAUAUGAGGAGGAGAGGUACGUAGACAGGAAAGAGUACGACGGCAAAUGGGCGGAUGGAGGCGAGCCAGAGAGAAACCACGCCGAAGAGAAACAGGAGGAACAACCACCCAAGGAGUGAACACAUACAACCACCGCAACUUGGAUAGCUUUAGUUUAAGAUGUAGAUCCCUUUGAAUUAAAGAUAACCGUAUAUUAACUUAAUAGAUGUAAAUAUAGAUACGAAUAUUCCUAUUUUCAUUUAUUCUAAUAAUGCAAUGUUUGCCUAAAUUGACUACUACAAGUAUUCAAUGUAGCUGAAAGUUUUUUGUGUUAUGUGAACAGGCACUAUCAUAAAUAAGAACCAUUCCAUGUUUAGAAUUUAACAGAUUUGGGCUUAAAGUUUUGUACACUUCUGUUUUUGUGUGAAAGUGCAAAUUAAAUAAAUGUUUACACAUUAAUA